AGUCGGAAAGGAAGAGAGGGAGAGGGGCUAAGAAUAGGUAGAUGUGGAGAGAAUGUCACCGGCACAUAGGCUACUGUAACCGCGAAUAUUUAAGCUAGUCGGUUUGUCACUGACAUGACAUAGGCUCCUAACAAAACAUUUAAUCCACAUGUACAUCGACUCUAUUUCUCGCAAAUCAGAAUUUACGUUACGUUUAGGCUCAUUCGUCCAUUCAUUCAUAGACUGUGCUCCGCUCCGGUUACAGUAGGCUACAGCAUUUAAGACUCUUGGCUGCUGAUAGCCCGACUGGCAAUUUGACAACAUGACAAGUCUGGAACACCUCCUAUCAACUUAAUUGUGUUCUGCAAGUAGGAAGUGUAGGGGCGCGGCCAUCCAGAGCGAUGAGUGGCAUCCUGAAGAGGAAGUUCUCUGAGGAGGAUGGCUCCUCCCCUUGCUCGCUGCUGCCAGAGUUCGAUGACGUCUCCGGUAGUGACAGUGGCAACAGCAAUGACAGCGUCAACCCCCCCACCACCCAACUCAUGCCCUCGUCCAUUCUGAAGCGCGGUAAGCGCAUGCGCAUGCGUGGCGUCAGCUUCCAGGGCGUGACGGUCUACUACUUCAGCCGUCGACAGGGCUUCACCAGCGUGCCCACGCAGGGUGGCAGCUCGCUGGGCAUGUCGCCGCGCCACAGCUCCAUCCGCCGCUUUACCCUGGGCGAGUUCGCCCGCGAGCAGGAGAGGUGGCACCGCAACAUGCUCAGGGACCACCUCAAGGAGGAGAAACUCAACGCCAUCAAACUGAAGCUGACCAAAAGCGGCGUGUUGGAGUCGGAGGAGGCGGCGGCGGCAGCGUUGACGCUGGCCGAUAUCCGCGAGGAGGAGAUCGACGUGGCGAGUGCCGAGGUGGACGAGUACUUCUUCCUACAGCCGCUGGGCAUCCGUAAGCGACGUGCGCUGCUAAGGGCCUCGGGCGUCCGCCGCAUCGACGGCCAGGAGCGGCACACGCUGCGUGCCAUCCGCGUCUCACGCAAGGAGUGCGGCUGCCAGUGCCGAGGCUGCUGCCGCCCCGAGACCUGCGCCUGCAGCCUCGCCGGCAUCAAGUGCCAGGUGGACCGUAUGUCCUUCCCGUGCGGGUGCUCCAAGGAUGGCUGUGGGAAUGCGGCCGGGCGCAUCGAGUUCAACCCGGCACGCGUGCGCACACACUUUUUGCACACACUCAUGAAGCUGGAGCUCGAGCAGCAGCAGCACCAGCACAGCCUCUACCUCGCCGCCACCGGCAACGGUUACCAUGGCGACAGCCCCCUUGCCCAAUCGCAGCGUGACUCAGACCAUACUUUGAUGGAGGCUCCCAGCAUGCACCUGGAUGUGGCUAACGAGGCCGAGUCUUGUCUGCAGGAGUCGGAAGAGGAGUACUGCGACGACGACGAGGACGAAGAAGAGGAGGAAGAAGAAGACGAGGAGGAUGAGGAGGACGAAGAGGAGACCGAAGAGGAGGAAGAGGAGGAGUCCGAGCAGGACGAAGACGAAGACGGCAGCAGUCUGCUGAGCGGUCUCUCCGACUCCAGCACCCACAGCCUGGCGGGCAGCGAUCUGGACGAGGAUGACGAUGAUGACGACGAAGACGAGGAGAGAGGAGGAGAUGGGGGAAUGGCGAGGACCGGAUGAGCCUGGGUUCUCCCUC